CUCCUUCCACAAGACACCCGCGCACGCCAACGCGUCUCGCUUCCCUUACAAAUUCCCCCCGUGCCACGGAGUUUUUCUAUCGCAACGAAUCCCCCUCCCCUCCUCUCCUUUCGAUCGUCCAAAACAGAAAAGCGCGUCUCCUCCAUCAUGGUAACCUCAAGCAACCCCGCAACUCCCGUCCAACACGCCCACCAACCCCCCCCCCCGCCGCUGCCGCCUCGUUCUAUACACGAGGUAGUUCGCCGCCUGAUCGCCUCCCUAGUCCUGCUCUUCGUCUCGGUCAGCACCGCGUGCUUCGUCGCCUGGCUCGUGCUCCGUCCCCACCCUCCCGCGUUCGAGGUCAACUCUCUCGCCGUGUCCGGCCUCAACAUCUCGAGCCCCGACUUCGGCCCGAGAUCCGAUCUCGAGCUCGCCAUAAUGAACCCGAACAGGAAGAUCGUAUUCUUCAUCGACCAUUUUGGCCUGCUCGUUACCUACAGAGGGAUCCCGCUUCUUAGGAGGGUCAAGAAGCCGACAUACCGCGUGGAGAUACCGGGCAACGGGAGCUUCCGGGUCAAGCUCGAGCUGGACACGGGGGGGCUGAACGACGAGAGGGAAAGGGCGGUGCUCGGGGACAUGAAAGGGGAGUGGAGCAAAGGGGCGGUGAGCUUUGAGGCGAAGGCGAAAGUGAGGGUGAAGUUCAUAGCUUGGGGGUGGCUGAGCAGGGAGAGAUUGGUGGAGGCGUCUUGUCAGGAUUUGAGCGUUGAGUUUUCGCCUGGCGAAGAGACGGGGAAGCUCCGUGACGGAGGGAGGAUUUGCUCCGUCGAAUAGCCUUUGGUCUCUCUCGGAUUUUCUUCUCCAACGGCCCGCGUUAUUGCUAGCGAUCGUACAUUGACUUGUCGUUCCCCGGUCGAUUCGUUCCCCCUUCGCGUCGCGUUAGAUUGUCGGGAGGAAGCAGCAAUUGGCAUACCGUCUUUGUAAAGAAACGUAAACACAUACAUGACGGGAGUCUAUGACAACGGUUAAGCAUCUGAUUUUACUGUUUAUUUCACCCAUGUCUCUUGGUCCGAACUUUGGAGGAGGAAGUUUUUCUUUUUAUAGGGAAAAGACUGCAGUGAUAGUCCUAAACAUAUGCUUCGAUGUUUAAUCGAGUCCUAAUUAUUUGAA